AUGAGUAAAGAUAUCAGCAAUUAAUUAGAUGAAACUUCAAAGAAUUAGAUUGAAUAAAAAAGCAGUAAUUGUCCUAUUGAGCAAUUAAAAAUUAGCGACACUGCAACUAAUUGGUUGUUCUCCAUACUUUUUAAGCAAAGAAAUCAAUUAGAAAACCAAAGACCUUACAUGUUCAAUAAACAAUAAUAGUAUGGAUAAAAAAAGAGCAAAUGA